CUAUUUAGCUGGUUUUUCUGUUUAUCUGUUUCAUGAGGUUAGAAGAGAAAAAAAAUUAUAUUUUCGUCUCUUUAAAAAACAAUAUUAUAUUAUAAAAUUAAAUGUUCUCACAACAAACAACUAUUCAGAAAUAGGUAUAUAUCUAAUUUUCAGCAGCUAUUAUUUUAAAAUGGAACAGUGGAUAAGUGAGAAUUUAUCUACUAUAUUAAAUUUUCAAGUUCCGGAAGAUUUAAUACAAUACAUUCUGUCAAUUGAAAAUGAAACUGAUUUGAAUGAAUAUAUGAAAACUUUGUUAGAUUUUGAUAAUACUCAACAUAAAAAAUUCUUUUUAGAAUUGGCUAAAAAAAAAUUUGUACCUAGAGGAAGUUCUAUACCAAAACAGAAUAAAAAGAAGAUAUCAAAGGGCAAACAGCAGCAGGAAUCUGUGCCGGUAGAGAUUCCAUCAGCUCAGAAAGAAGAGGAGGCCAAGUCCAAAAAGAAGACCAAGUUUGUUAAUUUGUACUCUCAAGAGGGUAGAAAUGCUCAGGUUAUAUUGUUGAAAGGUCGCCACCGCUGUGACUGUCAAGCGUCCAAACAUGAGCUAGUUAAUAACUGCCUGCAGUGUGGCCGAGUUGUUUGUAAACAGGAGGGCUCGGGGCCGUGCCUUUUUUGCGGCAAUCUUGUGUGCACACCAGAAGAGCAGAAAGAGAUUAAUGCUAAGACAAAAGCUAGUGCUAAGCUGAUGGAAUCACUCCUGGAAAGGAGCAGACCCAAAGGCUGGGAAGAGGCAUUGUCUCAUAGGAAUAAAUUGCUCGAAUAUGACAGAACUAGUGAACGCCGCACCCGGGUGACGGAUGACGACAGCGACUAUUUCAAUGUAAACAGCGUGUGGUUGAACUCGAACGAGAAACAAAAACUGCAGAAGUACCAGCAGGAGUUGCACGAGAAGAAGCACUCGUCACGCCUCCAUAAGAAGAUGACAUUCGAUUUUGCUGGUCGUCAAGUUGUCGAGGAUAAUACGAUAGAUUACGAGGUGGACGAGGAAAAGAUCAGGCAGAUGAGUGAUGAGGGGCAAGCAAGCCAGUGGUUGCAGCCGGACGCGUUCGUGGGCGCUCCGGGGCUCCCCGGCGACCGGGACGUGGCGCCUGGGGUCAACGCACCGCUGCUACAGUUCGAUCCGACCGUGGAGAAUAAAGGCUAUGCAUCAGCGUUGAAGAAUUUAGGGCCCCAGCUGUCACGCAUACAAGACGCUGAGCUGCAGGAAAUGAGCGACACCGGCCGUUGUCUCUCCAUGCAUCAACCCUGGGCCUCUUUACUCGUUGAAGGGAUCAAGUUGCACGAGGGCCGCACGUGGUAUACCAACCAUCGCGGUCGGCUGUGGAUCGCGUCCACUGUGAAACCUCCUGAUCAAAACGUCAUCAGGGCGAUAGAGAACCAGUACAGAGUUUUAUAUCCGGAUAAACAGCUGAAAUUCCCUAGCUUCUACCCGACUGGGUGCCUUCUGGGAUGCGUUAGUGUAGACGACUGUUUGCCGCAAGAAGAAUAUCAGAAAAUAUACCCAGACGGUGAGAGCGAUAGUCCGUACGUGUUUAUUUGUUCAAACCCCAUCAGUUUGAGGCUACGUUUUCCGGUCAAGGGACAGCAUAAAAUAUAUUCACUGGACAAGACGAUUCAUCUCGCAGCCAUCAAAUGUAUUCAGAAAAUGUCUAAAUCUCAAAGUGAAGAAGUAAAUGCUGGUUAAUUUCUAUAUGAAUUCAAUUACCUUAACUCAUGUAUUGUGUAAGAGAAUAUUGAAUAAAAAGCUUUUAAUUUUGUUAAGAAA